AAAGUCUUUAUGUUGGAAAAAACAAAAAGUAAACCCCACCCCUUGAGACACGCUCUUCCAUCUGCCCAAAUGUCACUUUUAAACUACAUUUUCCAACAGUUGUGGAGUUAGGAUGACAUAGUUUUAGUUGAUGAAAAUUCAGUGGGGUUCUCUUUCUAGUCUUUAAACCAUAUGUUAUUGUAACUGAUAUUUGAUUCUUUGGGUAUUUGACUUGGAGAGAUGAAAGCAGAGCAAGUGGAAUUGGUGGAAGCCAAGGAUAAAAGGGGAAAGCAUCGGAUUUUGGCUGACUUGAAACGACUUGAGCAAGAAACUCGCUUCUUAAAGGAAGAACUAGAACUGCUCGACAAACUGGAGAAGGCAUCAACUGCUUGCAACGAAUUGCUAAGUAAUGUGGAAACUCGGGCAGAUUCACUCCUACCAGUAACAAAUGGUCCCACAAAUCCUUCCUGGGAUCGAUGGUUUGAAGGACUAAAAGAUGCAUCAGGUUGCAGAUGCUGGACAUGGUGAUACUCUUAGCUACUUGUUGGAGACAAAGUUGAAAUUCAUACUUGCAGUUGGUUAACAGCAAUAGGAACUUGUUCCCAGCAAGCAAUAACAAUUUGGAGAAUAAUUUUUUUCUGACUAUUCAAUCUAAGGAAAAAAUGUAGUUCGAGCAUAAGGUGGUCACCGUAACUGUGAGAAAGGGGACGAUUGUGUAGAAGAUUGCUCAAUCUUCUGAAAAAUAUAGGAUAUGAGGAUAGUAUUAAAUAGAGCAGCUUAUAUUACGUGAAA